AUGGCCGGCCGCUUCGUUUUCCAGGAACUCGCCUCCGGGGUGUCGAGAUCGACAAGCCGCCUCAGCGCCAAGGAUCUUCUUCGUCUAAGGCCACCGCUCCGGUCAUCACCGCUUCGGAAGAUGGCACCAGAACCCUCACCAAUGUCUUCGCUGCAAUCCAUCCUGGCACGGCGCUUCCCAGCAGUAGCCGUGGGCUUCAUGGCCGUCAAUCUUUUCCAUGGUGCUGCUGUUCGUCCAGGCAUGGUGGUUCCCAGCAACCGUGAGAUCCUCAGUGGCUCUGAAGAUGGCAUCAGAACCCUCAUCAAUGUCUUCCAUGGAGCUGCAAUCCAUCCUGGCACGGCGUUUCCCAGCAGUAGCCGUGGGCUUCAUGGCCCUGCUGCAAGGUUCACUGCCCGGUCAACAAAUGGGAUGCCAUCAAGUAUCACCAAUCACAAGGAUCUUUUGCAUGAGCAAAAUAUGAAGAUAAUCAAACUGCAGAAUGAAUUUGAGAUCACUAAAGCAGAAAUGGAAGUGCUGAGAGCUAAUAUAAAGACUGAGGUUAUCAAGGGUCAGACAACAGUGCUUAAAUAUUGCAUCAUCAUUCUUGGAGCUGGAGUAGUUGGACGAUUGUUGUGGCUGAGUGGGUUGCUUCUUAACUGUGAUGAGGAAUCAGAAAGAGAGCUCGGAUGGCUGGUGGAAAGCUACCUAUUGCAAUAG